AUGGAGCCCUUUAUUGUGGGUCCCUUUCUUAUGAUUGGUGAUUUCAAUUCUAUUUUGGGGGCUCAUGAGCGUUGUGACGAGUUUCGUGCUUUCAUUGAGGAUCAUGAUCUAAUUCAGCCGGAGUCCACUGGUCCUUUCUUUACUUGGACGAAUCAGCGGAGGUUCCCUUCUCCGAUUAAGUCGGUGCUGGAUAGAGCUCUUUUAUCUCAGAAUUUCUCUGACAUUUGGUAUUCUUCUGCUGUUCUGGUUUUUUCUAGGCUUGGGUCUGAUCACUCUCCCAUUAUGUUGAGAUGCCAGGACACGGCUUCUGCACCGGCAGGUCGUCGGUUUCGUUUUUUGAAUAUGUGGUGCUCUCAUGAGGGGUUCUUGGAUCACGUCAGAGCCUCUUGGUCUUCGCCAUUGGAUAGUCUCUGCCCGAUGGUCCGUGUGAUGAAAAAGUUGAAACGUCUUCGCCCGAUCCUCAAGGCCUGGAACAUGGAUACCUUUGGGAACUACAAUACUGCCUUAGCUGAGCUGCAGCAGGAUUUGAGCUCCCUUCAAGAGGGGAUUGACGAGCAGGGCUAUACGGAUGACCUCUUUGAUCAGAAGGUCAUCCUACAGGCUCGUAUUGGCACUGUCCUCUUGCGUAAGUCUGAGCAUUUGCAGCAGCAAAGUUGGCGUCGUUCCAAUCAAACCAUCAAGAAGCUCAGUAUUGAUGGUGUUAUCUCGGAGGACCCGGCUACCAUGGCGGCUCAUGUGAUUCAUUUCUAUGAAGAUCUUUUUUCUGAGCCGGACUCUGGAGUGGUGGACAGGUCCUGGAUUUCUGGUUACAUUCCCUCCUCUCAUUCUUGGGAGGUGGUGGAAGAGGACAUGGUGGCCGCAGUGAGACGUUUUUUCUCUAAUGGUUAUCUUCAUCAUGGUCUUAAUUCCAAUUUGCUUUAUCUUCUUCCCAAGAAGGUCGAUACUGUUCUUGUGUCUGAUUACCGCCCUAUUGUGCUUGGAAACUUCUUCUUCAAAGUCAUCACCAAAAUUAUGGCCUCUCGGUUGAAUGCGGUGGUGGCAGAGAUUGUUUUGGCCAAUCAGUUCGGUUUUAUCUCGGGUUGCUCUAUUCAGGAGUGUAUUCUGCUUGCUUCGGAAUGUGUCAACUGCAUGGAGCGUUCGAUUCAAGGAAGGAAUAUGGCCCUGAAGGUCGAUAUCAGGAAGGCUUUUGACACUCUGAGUUGGGAGUUUGUUGAUGUUGUCCUGGACAGCUUUGGUUUCCCUCCUAUUUUCCGGCAGUGGAUCAGAGUCAUUUUUCAGUCGGCUCGGAUUUCUGUCCUCUUCAAUGGGGAACAACAUGGGUUCUUCAGCUGCUUCCGUGGGGUUCGGUCUCAUUUUCUGUUUGGUUUGGCUGAGGACGUUUUGAGCCACCUUCUCUUGGAUGCUGCGGAUAGGGGCCUUAUUGCUCGUAUGUGGAUGUCUCGAUCCAUGCUCUUUUAUUCCUAUCUUCGGUAUGCUGAUGAUGUUAUUUUAUUCUGCAAGGCUGAGAGGCGCAGUUGCAGGAUGAUUGAGUCUAUUCUCCAAAUUUAUGCUUCCGUCUCUGGUCAGUUCUGCAAUAAGGCUAAGUCCACUAUUUACUUUGGCAAAGGCGUUCCCCUUCAGCUGCGUCGUUCGCUUCAGCAUGAUUUGGGCUUCUCCACUGGCUCUCUGCCUUUCGUCUAUUUGGGAGUCCCUAUUUUUGCAGGUCGGGCCUCCUCUGCCCGGCUGACUUGCAUUAGAGACCGCAUUAUUGCCCAUUUUCCUAGAUGGCAAGGCAUUCAAUUGUCCAUGGCGGGCUGCAUUUGCCUGGUCAUCUCGGUCAUUCAGAGUGCGGCAGUUUAUAGCAUGUUGAUUUACAAGUGGCCGGCUAAGCUGCUACAUGAUUUGGAUCACGCCUGUCGGUCUUUUAUUUGGACGGGCAGCACCACUACCAAGCCAAAAACUUCGGUGGCUUGGAAUAGGGUCUGUGCUCCUAAGAACCAAGGUGGGUUAAAUGUCAAGUCUUUCUCCCACAUCAGUCAGAGCUUCAUGCUUAGGUUGGGGUGGUUGUUGAUUACUUCGGACUCCAUGGGUUUUCAGUUGUUCCGACAGUGUUAUUUGGAUUCUUGUUUGCGGCCUCGCUCUCCUUGGUUUACUUCCACGAUCUGGUUGGGCACUCGGGAGUCUAUUCGUUCUUUGGUUAGUGACACGUAUUGCUCCAUCGGCUCUAGUUCUGCUAUUCUUUUAUGGAUGGAUAGCUGGUUAGGCUAUAGGCUCAUUGACAUGAUUGGGAUUCCAACCGCGGUUCACCAGUUUCUCAUGCAGCCGAUCUCGGGCUAUUACUUUGAUGACUCCUGGCAUUUCACCCUAGAUUUCUUGCAUGCUUUUCUGGACAUUGCUUUUGACAUUGUCUCUGUUCCUAUCAGUGGUGGGGAGGAUCGUUGGGCUUGGAUUCAUUCUUAUUUUGGGGAGGUUUCUUCUUCGCUUGCCAUGCAUCAUGUUCAUCCUAGUUUUCCGGCGAUGGAUUGGGGCAAAUGGAUUUGGGCACCGUUUAUUCCGGUGCGCAGGUCUAUUGUUACUUGGCGAGUUAUUUUGGGCCGUCUCUCUACAGCUAGUUCUAUGAGUCGCUCUGGGUACAUUGGUUCGGGGUGGUGCCCUCUCUGCAGGAAAGCGGGGGAGGAUAUUGAUUAUCUUUUUUGGGAGUGUGCUAUUGCUAGACAUGUCUGGAGCUCCCUUUUCACUUGGUUCAGGGUCGAUGGUUCAUCGAUCUAUAAUAUUGGGAGUCUAAUCAUUUGGGCAAUGAAAGUGCCUGCUAGCAAGGCUGUGUUCGAUGAGGCUCCGGUUUUUGCAGUGGCUCUGACGAUUCAGGUCAAAGCUUUCAUUCUGGAGGCUUCUCGUUUCAGUUUGGGUGAGAUGGCUAAUUUGGUUGAGGAGUUGCUUAUUCUUCAUGGUCUUAAGGUGCCGGGCAGACCCCGUCGUCUGACUUCCUACAUUUAUGUGUUCUGGCUUCUUUCUUCUCCUCCGUGGCGGAAGAUCAAUAUUGACGGCUCGGUUCAUGGCUCACCUCCUCUCAUUCAUGCCGGUGGGGUUAUUCGGGACUCUUCAUCUGUGGUGGGUUGCUUCUAUUUCUCUGCUGGUCGUGGUUGGGCUUUCGAGGCUGAGCUUCUUGCCCUCAUCAUCGCCUUGGAGCAGAUUGUGAUGAAUGGUUGGGAUUAUGUGUGGAUUGAGACGGACUGCACUUACAUGGUUGAUCUUUUCCGCUUUCGUUCCAGUACCGUCCCUUGGAGGGAAGGGAAUCGUGUUGCGGAUUUCAUGGCUUCUUCGAUGGCGAACGAGGGUUUCUGGCCUUUUGCGAUCCCUGAUAUCCUUCAGCUGUUCAUUUUCCCUGUGUCUCUGGUUUGUGUUCGUCUUGGUGGUUGGCUUGGUCCCUCUUGUUCUACGGUUCUUGAGAUGAGUAAGAAGUCUAAGGUUCUUGUGUUCUCAGUCUUCGUGUUGGGUGCGGCUGGCUUCUGCCUUACUUGGUUUGGUGGCGCUCUGGUUUGGGGUUGGUUGCGUUUGCUUGUCGUUCCCGUGUUGGUGCUUUGUCGUUCGUCUGUCGGUGGCUUCCCGUUUUGGGUGGAGUGCUUUGCUGUGGCUCCAUACAAAUUCCCACACGCAAUGCUCUUCGCGCUACAUGCCCUCAACAAGAACCACAUUGCACGUCUUCGGUUGGUUGAUAGAAGAGAGAAUUGCGUUCUUGGAAGGAAGAAAGAUUUUGCCCGCGCCUACUACCACAAUGACAAGCCUGAAUUCAUCAAAAUGUGUUUGUUGUUUGGUCUAGAUAAUUUGAAGACGGAGAAGAGCCAUUCUCGCGAUGUUAUUCUUAUAAGUGAUUCGCCAAUCGUGAAGCACGACAACCCUUCGGAUAAGGAUGAUUCAAGUUCAUCCAACGAUGAAAUCACCUCCCUGAUGAUACUUGCUAACAAAAAGCUUGCACGAUGUCUCUUCGUGGAUGAAAAUGCCCCACGCGACUCGGAGUCGAAGGAUAGUACUACUUUUACCAUUUGGAAGUGGCCGUCGAUCGAAAAGAGGCUCAACUUUCCAGGAAGAAACGCAUUCGCUCAAAACCCCUCGGCCAUCGGUAUGGACCCUCCCCGUGUCAACCCUCCUCACGUGGACCCUUCCCGUGUGGCCCGUGGAGCGGUGAGUGCAAGUGAGCUGACCACAACGUCGAGGCCAGCUCGUGUGCAUCGUCUUGGUCCCCGUGGAAGUAGGCCACAAGAGGCUCAAGUUGUUUUUGCUCUAUAUUAG